GAAAUAAUUCCGCGUUGUAAAAUUUAAGUGUAGAAUUUGAAUGUGAGUUCAGGCCCCGCAAAAUUUUUGAGCUCGGCCCCGCAAAAGGUCACGUCGGCCCUGCUACCUAAUCUUUGUUAGAACAACCCCUCUAAUAAUAAGUCCAUGCUCCCCCUAGUUUGUUUACACCCGUAUGGAAUUAGCUUACAUUUGACACAUGUAUAGGAAUAAUAACAACUUAUUUUGAUAAGAUAUGUAUUGUCUGAAAUUUUGAGCUGUGCUCUGUACUGAACAUAGUUUGAACAAUGUCACGAGUUAGAAGACUUUCGAUACGCGGUAUUCGUAAUUUCGGGGACGAUAACGAGGAGGCUAAUAUUCGGUUUUCACGACCUUUGACGCUUAUUCUUGGCCAAAAUGGAACUGGGAAGACAACAAUCAUCGAAGCUCUUAAAUUUGCUACAUGCGGCGAAUUUCCACCCGGCUCGGAUCGCGGGAAAUUUUUUAUUCACGAUCCGAGUUUGACAACAACUUCUUCGGUGCGAGGUGUUGUGAAAGCUGAAAUAAUUGAUUCUGGGGGUAAUAUUUAUACAAUAUGUAGAACAAUAGAAUCUACAAAAGCAAAUGCAUCAAUGAAAUUUAAAACACUCGACAGUGCCUUAAGUAGAUUAAAUAAAGGUUCAAAAGAGGUGGUAUCAAUAACUAAUCGAUGUGCCAAUGUUGACCUCGAGCUAACAACAGCAAUGGGUGUAACAAAACCAAUUUUAGAAUAUGUAAUAUUUUGUCAUCAAGAAGAUCUUAGUUGGCCAUUUCAAGAUGGUAAAAAGUUAAAAGAAAAAUUUGAUGAAAUUUUUGAUAGUGCUGCUUUUAACAAAGCUCUUGAAAAUAUUACAAAGUUGAGCAAAGAGUUACAACAGAAAGUUCUUGUAUUGAGAGAACAAAAACAGAAUGCUGAAUUAGUUGUUUCUGAAGUAGUAGAUAAGGAAACAAAACUUGAAGAUCAUAAAAAACGAUUGCAAAAUACUACAACAAAAAUAGCAGACAUUGAUCAAGAAUUAGAACCUUUAAUUGCAGAGAUGAAAAAGUUACAAAAAGUAGAUUCUGAAUAUAAAGAUUUGCAAACUGAGGAAAGAAAAACAAGAGCAGAAUAUGAUAUAACCAAACAGCAGUUGAAUAGGUUAAAAGAAAAUAUAGGAGAAGUAUUUGAAGGAACAAUGGAGGAAUUAAUGUCACAGAUAAAAUCAUAUGAUGAAAACUUAAUGGGAAAAGCUUGUGAAAUAACAGAAUUUGAGAUGAGAUUAAAAGAUAUUGAUAAAGAAGAGUCUAAGGUAGCAAAUACAUUAGCCAAUGAAAGGGUAACCAGUGGUUCUUUACAGCAACAAAUUAAAGAUCAGGAAAGAAAAGUUGCUCUUCGUAAUAAGAUAUUAAACGAAACAUUAUCCGCUUGGAAUCUUGAUAACAUAGACUCUAAUGUAUCCGAAGUAGAAGUUUUAGCUCUUUCGAAAAGGUUACAAGAGAGAAUGAGAGAAUUAGAAAACAGAGUAGAAGAAAACAGAGUAAGGAGGGCUGAAGAAGAAAAACAACUGCAAAAAGAAGUAGAUACUUUGCGUAGUGAAUACUCAAAAAUAGAAUCGGAAAAAAAUAUAAAAGAAAAUGAAGUAAUUAAGACAAGAGAUGAAGUUAACAAAAUAAAAUUGGAAAUCAUGCAAGUUGGCGCUGCAGCAAAUAAGUUGAACUCUAUGGAAUCGAAAAUGAAUGAGGUGAAAAAUAGACUUCAACAAUUAAGCGAAACCAUGGAUGUAGAUGCUGCAAGAAAAGAGGUUCUUGAUAAAACUAAGUUACGAAGUGAAACAGAUGCUAUGUUAAAUGCAGUCGAUGAAGAAAUAGCUUCCUUAUUAAAACAGAGUUCACUGCAAGCUGAAUUAGAAAUACAUAAAUCUUCGUUGCUCUCUAAAGAAAAAGAUUUAGAAAAAUUAAAAGUCAAACACGAGGAAACUAUAAUGAAGUUAUUGAAUAUUAAUGAACUAACAGAAACUAAACUAAGAACCUAUUUCGAUGCGGCUCAGAAAAAAUUAACAAAUGAAAUAGAAUCUAUUACGCGGGAAAUCCAAACAGAAGAGCGUCAUUCUACAACAUUAGAAACAACAAUAUCACAUGUUGAGAACGAACUUGAAAAGAAAAAGAAGGAAAUAGAGUCAGAUAAAGGAAAGAUCUCGUCAAUUUGUCAUUACAAGGACUUUGAUGAAACGUUAUUAUUGCAAUCAAGAAAAGUCAAAGAUUUACAAGACAAAAGGGGACUAUAUGCUCAUCGAAGUGUUGCUUAUAAGGAGUAUAUGAAGCAAUUGAAAGAAACAAACCCUUGUUGUCCUUUAUGCCACAGAGGCUUUGAAGAACGCAGAUCUGUAGAGAACUUAUUGAGGGAAAUGGAAACAGAAAUGGAAGAUCAUCCAAAUCGUUUGAAAGAAUGCGAAUUAGAGUUGAAGAUACAGCAAGAGAAAUAUGAUAAGAUGUUGCAACUAAAACCAGUAGUUGAAAAAAUAAUACAAUUAGAAGAAAAUGAAUUAGAUAAAAUAAUACAUAAUUUAAAAAUGUCUAAAGAGAACUUGACAAAGUCGCGAACAUCUAUAACGAAGUUAAAAGAAAAGAAAUCCAACCCUGAAAGUAAAUUAACGAUGUGCAAAGAUAUUAUGGGCGAUAUUAUGUUGUGGGAUAAAUAUGUCGAUGAAAUUUCAAAACUCAAACAAACAAUAGAUAAUUUUCAAUCUCGCAUGGUUCUCGCUGGAAUUAAAUCGGAACGUAGUCUCGAAGAAGCUCAAAGUCAUAGAGAAGAAUUGAAAGCAUCUGUAAAAAAUAUCCGCGAUGACAUAGAAACAUUACAGUCGAAAAUAAACGCGUACAAUGAAAAAAUGCAUAAUGCUCGAGAAGAACAAAAUACAUUACACGAAGAACUGUUAAAAAUACGUUCAGGCAUGCAGAAAUUAAAACAAUUAAAAGAUCAGCAGGAAGCAUUGUUCACGAAAGAAGUUUCUCUUGGAGAGUCUGUAGAUAUACUAAGACGAAAUGUGACUGCUGCGAAAACUGAAUUAAAUGCAGGAAUUGAUAAGUUAGAAAAAAAGAAGAAAGAUAAUUGGGAAAAACACGAAGUUGAUAGAGAAUUAUUAACGGAAGGUACUAGACGCUUAAGAGAGUUACAAAAAGUGCAAGAUGAAGUAGAUGCAUUUGUAUAUCGUAAAAUUCCCGAGGCUUUAGAGCGCUCUGAAUCGAAGAUAAAAAAUUAUCAGAAUUCCAUCAACAAAUUUGUACGCGAGAAAAGUACCGCUGAAGCAAUGAUAAAUAAGUUAAAGGAGGAAAUUAAUCGUCAGGAAAUCCGGAAAAGAGAAUUAUCUGAUAAUAUUCUGUUGCGAAAAACUCAUGAAAAUGUUAAAAGUUUACAACAACAAUGCUCGCAUAUAGAAGAGAAACUGAAGACUAUAAACUAUGAUGAAAUGAAAGAAAAAUGGCAGGACUUACAAAGUCGAGAAGAGGUUCUCCUCCGUCAGAAAAACAUGGCUAAAGGUAAUCAAGAAGAAUUACAAAGAGCUAUUCUACAGUAUACCCAAGAGUUGAGGAAGGAACUUUACAGGCAAGCUCGUAGACAUUAUAAGAGCAAAUGCAUCGAAUUAACAGUAAUGCAAGAAGCCAUAUUAAAUUUAAAAGCAUACAGUACAGUAUUAGAUGUUGCUAUGAUGGAAUAUCAUGAAGAACGCAUGUCUACAGUUAACAGAAUUAUAAAAAAAAUGUGGAAACUUGUGUAUACUGGAACAGAUACGACGUCUAUAGAAAUUCGCACAGAUGCUACUCAAGGUGUAGGUACUAAAAGAAGAACAUACAACUAUAGACUGGUUCAAACAAAACAUGGUCACGAAUUAGAUAUGAAAGGUCGCUGCAGUGCUGGUCAAAGAGUUUUAGCUUCUAUAAUUAUAAGGCUCGCUUUGGCAGAAACUUUCUGCAAAGAUUGCGGAAUUCUCGCGUUGGAUGAACCAACAACAAACUUGGAUCAACAAAAUGCAGAUAGUUUAGCGAGUGCAUUAGCCAAGGUUGUUAAAAUACGAUCACAUCAAAAGAAUUUUCAGCUACUUGUAAUUAGCCACGAUGAAAAGUUUUUGUUUAAAUUAGCCGAAUUGAAUAGCAAUAAAGGCUUCUAUGAACUUUACCGGAAAGCAAGUGGAUACACGGCAGUUAGGUAUUGUCAAGUUGAGACUCGCGAUCACAUCGAUCUAAAUGCUAUAAAGCAAGAAAUAUCAUCGGACGAAGAAGCCAAUGAAUACUCUGAAAAAUCACGAAAUCGCUCACAGGAGUCAAAUUCAUCUAAAAAAUCGUAUAAUGAGAAUGUAUAUCACAAAAAAAGACAGAUUAGCGAUAACGAUAGAGAGGAGCAUACCGAAGCUAGAGCAUCAAAAAGAAGAUAUGUUUUGAACAUAUAAUUUCCUCAUUUCUUUUUAUUAAUACUAUGUACAAUAAAAGAAUGUGCUAUUUUAUAUAGAGUCCACUAAAGUCAUGCGUUUUUGUUUGUUUGUUACAUUAAAAAAAAUGUACGCUUUAUAUUUUACGCGUAAAAUUUUAUAUUUUUAUAAAAUUCUAGUAACAACUUUA